GCAAGUUUUGCUGUGAAUUAACAGGAACCUAAGCGGUGCUAGGCUCGGUGGUACUCAAAUGACGUUCUGAGUCUUUUGGAAGGUGUGAGAGGGCAGUAUGGAGGACAGUGGCAGUAGCAUUCACUGUUGACCUGUUCUGGCAAGACGCUAAUUGCAGUGGGUCUAGGGUGUCAGGUAGUGAGGAGAUUUGGAUUUGCCCUUAAAUGGAAAGGAGAGCUGCUGUGCUGCGAUGCAGGAGGUGUCGAAAAUGCAUUCUAGGUUCAACCAGCCUUCUUCUGAAGAUCAAUGCCAGUGAUGACGAUCUAACACAGUGCAACAUUUGGCAUGUCAAUGUUGAAGCUCUGCCUGACUGGAUACAAGGAUGCAUAGAAGAUGCGCAGUGGACAAUUGGGAAGCUGAACUGCCUGUAUUGUGGGGCUCGUUUAGGGGGCUUUAACUUUGUCGGCAGUGCCAAAUGUCCUUGUGGUCUGGAUGUGACUGUUCAUCUUUGCAAAAGCCGGGUUGAUUAUGAGUCAAAACACUCCUUGCCAAUUUCAAGACCAGCAAGAACAAGAGCGACUCAUCCUGGCCACGGAUCACUACGGUCCCAAGUAGCACAGCAAGGAAUGGAAGCCAGCCAAACUGAGCCCAGCAGCACAAGCUUUUCACGUGGUGCUAACGCCAGUAAUGAGCCUGGACGAAUUGCUGAAGCCCUUUGCCUUGAGGCAAGAUCACAAGAAGGCAACGUCAAAGCCAUUCAUUCAAAAGUCUUUUCUUCUGUGCCAUGUCCAGUGAGCACACCACACAUUCUGAAAGCUUCACAUAGGAAAGCUCACAGUUUGGAUUAUAGCAACAAAUGUGGAAUGGGCAUUUCUACCAGCUUCUCUAAUCUUCUUAAAACACACACAGGUGAUCCUGCACAGUCCGGCAGGUUGCAUGGGGUCGUGCCGGCUAGCAGCUUCUGUGCAGGCUUGCAGCUAGCUACUGGAACAACACCAGAACCUGUUUUGCAAAAUUUGCAGAGUUCAUAUGUCGAUUGUGAAACAAGUGUUCCAUCUCAACAUGAUCCUGUAGCCAUGUCGGCUAGGGGUGACAAUCUCAGAGAGUCUACCUUGCUGCCAGGGAACCACAAUGCCAGCCGCAUUUCCUCAGUGAGAAGGAGGAUGCCUUCUCAGAGCAGCACAGAGGAAGAGGAUGUUGAGGAAGAACAGGCUAUGUCAGCAGGCAAUCUGCUACUAUCUGGACCUUCGACAUCUCUAGUGGCAGAGCGAAGGUUAAGCAAAAAAGAGAGGAACCGAUUGAAGAGCCUAAGGAGGAAGCAGAGAAGAAGAGAACGCUGGAUCCAGAGUCAACUGCAGGAUCAGAAACAGAGCUCAACUUGGAAUCUGUCCAGCAGCGAUGAUGAAGACAGUCACAACGGUGACAAGGAUGGGUACAUCUGUGCUGUCUGCCUGGAUGUCUACUUCAGCCCCUAUAUGUGCUACCCGUGUCACCAUAUCUUCUGUGAGCCCUGUCUCCGCACCCUGGCCAAGAACAACCCUGGCAACACACCGUGUCCCCUCUGCAGGACUGUAAUCACACACGUCUUUUUCCAAAAAGAACUGAACCACACUACAAAGACCUUCUUCCCCAAAGAAUAUUUGUCCCGGAAACAGAACUUCCAGAAAGCAAGUUGUGCAAAGUGGCCUCUUCCCAGCUGCAGAAAAUUGUUCCGCAUCUUUGGAGGGCUCCGAAGACAAACCAGUCCCAUUGCCAGAAGACAGUUCCCACAUGGUGGGUACAGGUUGGACACUAUGGACUAUGAAGAUGACUCUCGGGGGUGGAGAUUUGACAUGGACAUGGUGAUCAUCUACAUCUACUCUGUCAACUGGGUGAUUGGAUUCAUCAUAUUCUGUUUACUCUGCUACUUUUUCUUCCCAUCAUUUUAAGACUAUACAUCAGUGAUUAUACAAAAAUACAUAUUUUAUAUGACUGAAUAAACUGUAAUGGUCUUUAGGUAACGUAUGUAGGUUUUUUAAGGUGGAUUACACAUCAUCACCAUUUGUUUGCAUUCAUCAUUUUGCAAGACAUUUGGGCAGUAUUCAGUAGCGCAGGAGUUAUUAUUUCCUAGCAGAACAAUCAGCAUUAUGAGAAAGUUUUCAUUUAUCCGAUAUGAAAAUGAUAAUACAGAAACACACUUAAUCAACUAGUUUCUGUGGUCUAUGGUAAAGCAGUUAAAAUUUGUAUUUCUGGAUAAAAUUCAUGCUUCAAACCCGUAGCUCUUCUGGUUUGUAGCUGUGAUAAUCAUAGUUAUAAGAACAGUUACAAAUGAGAUGAGGUAAUGCGGCCUAGCCUAAUCUAGCCUCUUUUUUUUAAUAACUAAUUGAUCAAAGAAUCUUAGCCACUUUCUAAAAAGAAUCCAGGGUAUGAGCUUCAACAGCACGGCUGGGAAACUUGUUCCAUUUUCCCUACUUUUUGAAGUAAUUCUAAAUAUUCAGGGUAAAGAGGGCAAGAGACAUUUCUGAUGAAACCGUGUUAUGUUUUUAGAUUUUUCCUUUAUAUGAAGUACAAAAGGGGUUAAACUGAUUAUGUGGCUUGCACACUUUUUGUUAUAUUAUAAAAAUGUUUUUAUAGCUACUGAAACAAAAACUUUGAGAAUUCUCCUAUAUUGACAGAGUAGUGCUCAUACUGUACUGUACACUGUAGAUUGAUAAUUUAUGCAGAUCUAAGAAGAAAACAUAAUUUAAAGUGUCUGUAUUUGCUCUUGUUUAUUUCAAACAUCAGCAGGGUUGAUGAUAAUAGGUAAUAAUAAUAAUAAUA